AUGGAUUCUCGGGAUUGGACCCAGGCAAGUCGUUGUGCAUCCCAUUACCAUGCCGGACCCGCGUCGACGAUAGCCUUCGACAACCAAGAUGAGCUGCUAUGGAUAGGCACCCAGAAGGGCUUUGCCGGCUCCUUCAUCGGCCGCGAGCUCAAGCGAUUCACUGCCUUCCGGGUGCACCCCGAGACCGACGGGCCCCUGCGUCAAUUUCUCUUCGUCGACAAGGGCGUCAUCUUCCUCGGCAGCCGGAGCGUCUACAUGGCAGCACGUAGCGGCGUGCCCAUCUGGAGCAUCCGCCACGAGUCCAUGCAGGAUCUGCGCGCCAUGUCCUUCACUAGUAAGGGGACGUCUGAGAUCCUCGUGGCCGGCUGGCAGAACAAGAUGUUGGUCAUCGACGUAAACAAGGGCGAGGUCGUCAAGGAGCUGCCCACACAGGACCACUACUCAUUCCUCAAGAUGAGCCGGUACAUUUGCGCCGCAACGAACAAGGGCACCGUCAACAUAUUGGACCCUAUCAACUUCACUAUCAAGAAACAAUGGCAGGCCCACGGAGCGUACAUCAAUGAUCUGGACACCUCCAACGACUUCAUCGUUACGUGCGGUGGCUCGCACAGGCAGACGCACAAUACCCCGGCUAUACUAGAUCCUUACGUGAAGGUCUUUGACUUGAAGAACAUGAGUGCUAUGAACCCGGUGCCGUUUGCGCCGCUGGCCGCUCACGUCAGGAUGCACCCGAGGAUGUUGACGACGGCUAUUGUCGUCAACCAGGCGGGCCAGAUCCAUGUGACGGACCUGUUGAACCCAAGCAACAGCCAGGUCUGCUACACGCAGCCUCAGGGCGUGGUGCUACAUUUCGAUGUGUCGAGAACCGGAGAAGGGAAAGCGCUUGCGGAUAACAAACACAACACUUACAUCUGGGGUUCGCCCAACAAGAUCCAGUUCACGGAGAUAGGAAUACCGCCCCGGUUGCCGGACCCUCCUCAGCCGUCGUUGUUACCGCCAGACCCAGACAUGCUGGACGAGCUACCCCUGAGCCGCAUCGGCUUGCCUUUCUAUCGUGAGCAGCUCUUCUCGGCCUUGCCGCCGGAUAUUAUCUCCGAUGUGGGCGCGCCUCCGCAGCAGGUCGAUCCGAACAUUUUGAGCACCUUGACCAAGACCGAGUGGGGAUACAUUGGCCCCAACAAGACGGGCUUGCAGAGAAACCAGUACAUAGAUACCCGGCCUACCAUGAAGACUUCCAAUACGAUACGGGCGCCAAAGUUCCUGAGUGAAAAGGCUCGCGAGGCACAGGCUGCCUCGGAAGAUCACAACCACCACCUUGUGACGACCGAGACGGCGGUGACGACGCCGAACAACGAUCAUUGGAGUUUGAGGCCGGAGGCACCACCUGAAUAUAGGAUAUGCGAGAUUAAGUACAGCAAGUUUGGUGUGGAUGAUUUUGACUUUGGCUUCUUCAACAACACACAAUACCCUGGCUUGGAGAACAACAUAACAAACUCCUACGCCAACUCCCUACUGCAGGUCAUGCACUACACCCCUCUGUUGCGAAACAUGGCACUUCAACACGCUGCUACGGCCUGUCUAGCUGAUCCGUGUCUGUUAGCUCUUAAUCAUACCAGCAACGCCUCUGUUAGUGGUGUCCUCGAGGAGAAUGCCAAAGACAAGAACCCCAGCACGCUGGUGAAGAACCUCACCAUGUUCCUUUUUGACAAGAUCAGUCAGGACUACAAGGGCACCCCUCCAAUUUCUACCGAACUCGAGAGGACCUUGUUCAAGCUUAACCAACCUCCGAACCCUCCUGAUCUGGUCAAGAAAAUGCUAGAGACCGACGCAAGGUACCAAAUCAAAUGUAUGCACUGCCAACAUGUCAGUCCAAGGACUGCGACGACAUUUGUCAACAAGCUCUCCUACCCGACAGCAAAACCAAACAUCCGCGGUAUGAAAGCCCAACGCAUCACCUUCUCGCAAGUGCUCAAGGCCGGACUCGAGAACGAGGCUGUAAAUAAGGGUUAUUGCACCAAGUGCCAGCGCUACCAAAACCUCGACCAGCGCAAAAUUAUCUUCAACAUCCCGGCUGUCUUGGCGCUCUGCACUGAGAUUACCACUGCUGAGCAUCGCAAGCUGUGGUCUACCCCCGGAUGGCUGCCUGAGGAGAUUGGUAUCAUAGUUGACCAAGGCCAUGUUUACUGCUAUGAAGGGGAUGACCUCAAGUUGCACCUCAACAGGGGGAUACAUAACAUUACGGUAUAUUCGCUGGUGGGUACGGUGGUUAAUGUUGAAACGAAGAGUCCGUCCAAGAAUCACUUGGUGGCUACUGUCAAUGUUGGACGAGCAGAGCCGGAGACCAAGGACCAGGAUCGCUGGCACUUGUUCAAUGACUUCUCAGUACGAAGCAUUUCCAAGGUGGAGGCCCUCACUUUCAAUAGCGCUUGGAAGAUGCCGGUCGUCGUCAUGUUCCAGGUCAAGGCUGCCAACCAUCGGUUCAAUAUGGACUGGAAGACACGUCUGGAUACCUCCGUCCUCUUCAGGGAUAACAACCCACACGCUCUCAAGACAUACGAGCUACUCGACCGGGAGACAGAGAUCCCCGGUCCCGACACUGUCAUCGCGAUUGAUACGGAAUUUAUUCGACUUAAGGAGAGAGAGAUCCAUAUUGACGAAGACGGAAAAUCUAAAACCAUCCGGCCCAUCUCGCACGCCAUUGCGCGUGCCUCGGUGGUCCGGGGCGAAGGUGCCAGAGAAGGCGUUGCGUUCAUUGACGAUUACAUCCACAUCAAAGAGACCAUCGUCGACUACCUCACCGAAUGGUCCGGCAUCACGCCCACUGACUUGGACCCUAUCAACUCACAGCGCAAUCUGGUUUCUCCCAAAACUGCUUACAAGAAGCUCUGGGUCCUCGUCAACUUGGGCUGCAAGUUCCUCGGCCACGGCCUCAGCCAAGAUUUCCGCGUCAUCAAUAUCCAAGUGCCUAGGAAUCAGGUUAUCGAUACGUCUAUCAUCUUUAUGAAGCCGCCUUCCCAGCGCAAGAUCUCGCUCGCUUUCUUGGCCUGGUAUCUGCUCAAGGAAGACAUCCAACAGAACACCCAUGACUCAAUCGAAGAUGCCCAAACAGCUCUGAAGCUGUACAGGAAGUACGAAGAGUUUAUGGCUAACGGGAGCUUCCACGACGUCCUGGAAGCGCUCUACAAGAAGGGCAAAACACUCAACUUCAAGCCGCCACGUAUUUCCACCGGCGCAGCCAAGGAUGUCGUUGGUUUCGGGACAGUCCACCGCGUCAGCACCCCUCCCGUUCCCGCACCCGGAACGUCCGAGGGAACGUUUGAAAUUACCAGCUCAACAGCAUCAGCAACAACAAUCGGUAGCGUCCUCUCCGCCACCGGCGGCGUGGGAGUAGGAAUGGGAAUGGGAGGAACCGCAAGCGCGAGCAGUAGUAUGCCCUCCACACCCGUCAGGAAACCCAUCGGUCUCGGCGGACCGUUUACCGUUGCUGGUGGCGCAAAGCCAACAGGCUCGGUUACUAGCGUUGAAAUGACUGCUCUCGGCGCUAGUGCUGCCGGUGCGGGAAUCACAGCGUCAGCGGCAGGAACAGGAACAGGAACAGCGGGUAGUGCUAAUACUCCUGGAUACGGUGGUUACGGAACGGAUGGCGCGUAUUGGGGCGGACCAAAUGAUAUGGCGCCUACGAGCAUGGUGGGAGGAUCAUCAGCGUUUGUACCUGCGAAGCUACCGCCGGGACCGCCGGGACCGCCGGAGUCGAGGUUUAUUCCUUAUAGACCGCAGGUGUUGGUUGCGGAGAGGGAGGCGGCGGCGGCGGCGGCUGCUGCUGCUGCUGCUGCGGAGAAUGGUUCUUCUCCUGUUGUUGGUGGUGAUGGAGGUGGUGGUACCGGUGAAGGGUCUUCUUCUGCUGUCGACGACGAAUGGUUGUUUCCUGCUGUCGACGAAGGCUCUUCUUCUUCUGAUGUCCUGAAAGGUUCUUUUUCUGCUGUCACGGAUGAUUGGGAACAGGAAACGCAAGGGGAAGCAUAUUCUACUCCUGCUAUCACAGAUGAAGAAGAACAGGAGAAGCAAGGAGAAGCCUCUGCUGCUCCUCCUGCUGUAGCAGCAGCGGCGGCGGCGGCGCCUUAG